GUGACGUCGCCUGGGUGACAAUUUGCCUACUUGGAGUGUGGAUGAGUUUGGAGCGGGUUCUGUGAAAUGCCUUACCAUGAUGUUGCCUGAAUGAUAACGCAGUCGGCUGAGUGAGGACGUAACAGGCCGCUAAGACUUAUAGACACACUGAAGGAAAAGCAGGUGGGAUAGAACACACCUCAUGCGUGGGCUCAGAGAGGGUCCGAGGCUGUACGGAUCAUCUGACUAAGAUGGGUGUUCUCCAGCUCCACAACCCCACCCUCCCCGCCACGCUCCUGCACAGGGCCAAUCAUAUGCGUCUGUCGGGAACGCUGUGUGACGUCAUCAUCACGGUGGAUGGCCAGGAGUUCCCGGCCCACCGCACCGUCCUGGCCUGCACCAGCAAGAUGUUUGAGAUCUUGUUCCACCGCAGCAGCCUGCGCUACGCCCUCGACUUCCUCUCCCCCAAGACCUUCCAGCAGAUCCUGGAGUACGCCUACACGGCCUCACUGCAGGCCACGGCCGAGGACCUGGAUGACCUGCUGUACGCCGCUGAGAUCCUGGAGAUUGAGUACCUGGAGGAGCAGUGCCUCAAGGUUCUGGAGACCAUCCAGUCAGAGGAGAAGCAGGACCACCUGAGUCUGAGUGGGAGGAACCACGGGUCUGGAGAGAGUGAACAAAGCAGGGCAAGGCACUGGAGGAACAUGCUAAUCUCUAAGAAGCAUUCCAUGCAGGAGGGUGGUAUCAACCCCACCACCCUGCACCACCUGGCACUGUACCACAUGACUGACAGGAGUCCCUCUAUGCCAGGGGGACUACCUAUGGGGCUCCCUGUAGCUAGUCCCACACAAGUUGGAGGGCUUAGUCUGGAGGGCCUGGGUCAGUCUCCACUACAGUACAGCCUCAAUGGAGCACAGCACCCCUCCCUGCCUCUGACUAAGAGGAUAAAGACAGAGGACAAUAACAUGCAGGUGGAUGAAGUCAAUAGCUACGAGGGCCGGUCCUCCAGCGGAGGGGAGGGAGGCUUUGAAUCGGACCAGCCCAGAGAUGAGGGCCCGGGGACUCCCCAAAGAGGCAGUGUCAUCACCUCGGCUAGAGAGCAGCACUCGGGCCAAGAGGAGGGGGGCAUAGUGGGGAACAACUCUCCUCUGGACAGUUUCCCUGGGCUGGCUGAGAAACACCUGGCCUCCCUCUACUCAUCCAUGCCCUCCAAUCACAUAGGGGAGGUGGGGCUGCCUAUGCCCAUGUCGGUGGCCCCUUCCCUAGCCAUGUCCCUGGACCUGAGGGCCUACGGGGGACUGCUGCCCCAGGGCCUGCUCCACAGGGAGAUCCUCAGCAGGCUGGGCCAGUUUGCAGCAGGGAUGAGGCGGGAGGGCCAGAGUCAGAGUCAGAGCUGUGGGGACUGUGGUCUCCAGCUGCAUAACAGAGAGGCCAUGGAGCAACACAGGAAGCUGCACAGUGGAGGCGAGAAGGGACACGGCUGUGAGUUCUGUGGCAAACGCUUCAUAGACAGUGUACGGCUCAGGAUGCACAUGCUCUCUCACUCAGCUGGAGCUGAGGCCCUGGUGUGUGAUCAGUGUGGAGCUACAUUCUCUGCUGAAGACGCUCUGGAGGCCCACAGACAGACACACACAGGGACAGACAUGGCAGUGUUCUGUCUGCUGUGUGCCAAGCGGUUCCAGACCCAGAAGGCUCUGCAGCAGCACAUGGAGGUCCAUGCAGGGAUGCACAGCUACGUCUGCAGCCACUGUGACCACACCUUCCCCAGCCACACCACCCUCAAACGCCACCUGCGCUCACACACAGGUGACCACCCGUUUGAGUGUGAGUUCUGUGGGAGCUGUUUCCGGGACGAUGGCAUGUUGAGGGGACACAAACGCAUCCACACGGGAGAGAAGCCUUACGAGUGUAACGGCUGUGGCAAAAGGUUCAGCCUCAAGCACCAGCUGGAGACCCACUACCGCGUACACACAGGUGAGAAGCCAUUUGAGUGCAAGAUCUGUCACCAGCGAUCCAGGGACUACUCUGCCAUGAUCAAGCACCUGCGCACCCACAACGGAGCGUCGCCCUACCAGUGUACCAUCUGCCAGGACUUCUGCCCCAGCCUGGCAGCCAUGCAGAAACACAUGAAGAGCCACAGACCCGAGGAUGUGCCCCUGGACUGGAGGAUAGAGAAGACCUACCUCAUGCGGCUGAAGUCAUGACAGGCGGUUUGGUGACCCUUAGUGGCACGAUGCCAGACUAACAGCUGGGUGGGUUUGACUAGCUGCUACAGAUGAGGGAAGGGAUCAGUCGCUGCCUCCCUGCCCUCUCUCCCUCUGCUCUACCACACACACUGUUGUGUCCAACACUAAGCAGAAUGGCAGCCAUACAGUAACUGAAUCCAGUCAAUAACAAGAGGGAAUUCUUCAUCACAGGUGUUGGUGACUGGUCUAUAGUCCACAGAGAGGGAUUCCAUCCAUGCUCUCCUCGGUGAUCUCCAACAGCUGUGCUCUCUAUAGGGACUAUGGAAACUACGGACCUCCCCCGUACCCCAGGAAGAACAUCAGACCCAGAGCUUCACUUAUAACCCAUACAGGCCAUACCUGAGAAGGGUGGAUACCCGAUCCCAAGAAAAUCUCCAGGGCCACCAGUAGGGGUCAGUAUGUCACCAUGCCUGUUUGCCAUCCAAGGCUGCAUUUCUCUCCGAGACUGGCGCUAGGCAUGGGGCAGCCAACACCAGACAAAGCCCACUGCCGGUCAGUCAGAGGCUCAUCCAAUCACAGCACAAAGCAAGGUAGACCAGGAGUGCUGGGAGCUGCUCCAGUUAUGAUACAAGCUCCUGGGUUGAGAAAGGCUCUAGUAAACCUGAUAAGGGGAAGAAAACACCGUACAAGGCCACAUCUUCUUCUCCAAGAGUACAGGAGACAUAAGCCACAAGAGUUCCAGUUCUAAUGGUCGCCAGCAAUAUCGCUACUUCACCAAGGAUGGAAUGUGUCGCGGCUCGUCAUACAGCUCCAAGAACAAGAUGUGUGACCUGAUCGGCACCCUGAUGGAUCUGAAGUACAGCUGGAUCCUGUUUGUCUUUACCCUGUGCUACAAUGUCACCUGGACAGCCUUCGCAGAGCUCUACUUCCUGGAUGCCUGGUUGCGUGGUGAUGUGGAACACAUCGCAAUGGCAGCCAUGCUUUGAGAAGCUGAACAGUUUCCAUUCGGCCCUCUCUAUCUCCAUGGACAGCCAAAUCAUCAAUGGCUACGGCACUAGAGAGGCCUCAGUCAACUGCAUGGACGGGCUGGUUCUCAUGAUGGCACAGUCCAUCAUUGAAUCAGUGUUAGACGUCCUGAUGCUGGGCUACAUCCUGGCUAAGAUAGCCAAGCCUAAGAGGAGGCUGCCCACUUUGUUGUUCAGUCAGCACUGUGUGGUCUGAGAGGGAUGAGAGCCUGUGCCUGAUGUUCAAUGUCAGGACUUUGAAAGAGACACACAUGCUGGUGGCAGAGAUUAGAGCCAAGCUGAUCAAAUCUCACCAUACCAAAGAGGGAGAGUUCAUCCUGUUGGAUCAGAGAGAGCUGACUCUGUGGAUGGAUCCAGAUGGAGCCAGGUUGUUCACAGUGGAGCCCCAGACCAUGGAGCAUGUAAUUGAUGUGAGGACCUCCUACACUGAAUAUGAUAUUCUUUGGGGACAGCACUUUAAGUCAUACAAGCCAUUAGAUGAGAGGGGGAUUGGGUCCAAUCACAAGACCUCUGAUAAGAACUAUAAGGUCCAGACUGCCACACACAGUGACAAAGAGAUGGCAGUGAGACAUAGACAUAAGAGAUCUCCUGGACACGACACACUCUGUGCCCUCCAACAUGUCUACAAGGAAAGUACAUUACCAGUAUUUAUCUGAUCAAAUGUUACUGUGCAACUCAGUCAGUAAUAACAAUGGCACAGGAACUAGGAAACUUAGUAAGAAUGAGUUCUUUAUAUAAAUAUGGACGUUUGACAAGUCGGCAUAGAAGGGUUCAUCAAAGUGAUGAAAUCAAGACACACUGUACAUAUCCUCCAGAAUGUUUAUACAAUGUGAAUAAAUGAAUGACGAUGACCAAUA